CUCAUCAGUGGACCCAUUUUUCCAAUUUGCACGGGUUUCUGUCGACGUGUUCCUGUGAGCCUCGGAACCCGGACCAGGAUACAAUGAGCGGCUCGACGGAGAGGGGGAGGAAGGACAAAGGGAGCUCCCUCGCGAACUCCGAAAAAGACGUCGAGGCUCUCCUCCGCGCCGCCCAGGACGACCUCCUCCUCAAGCUCCGCGUCGACUCCCACCCGAUUUCCUCCCACCCCUCCUCUUCCUUCUCUGCCUCCUCCGCCGCCUCCGCCGGCUUGAACCCCGACCUGGUCCAUCGCUUGGAGGCCCUCAAAUCGAACCCUCCUCCCUCCCCGGCGGCGCCGCCGCCCCCACCCUCCAAACCCGCUGAGAAAGGAGCAGUAGCAGCGGCAGCAACGGAAGGCGGUGAUGAUGAGUGGGGGAGGAUCCUCGGGGUCGAUUUGGCGGCGCGGUUCGCCGCCCUCAAGGGCUCUUCCUCGGGGCACAAUCCAGGGUUCCAGCGACCGGAUCUGGUGCCGAAUCUUGGAGAUUCCAAUGACGAAGCCGGCGCCGUCACCGAUGGCGAUGAUGGAGCUUCGGAGAAGGAGGUGGAGAAGGUGAUGCAAUGGGCUAUGGACGCAGCUCGCCUUGAUCCUUUGAAAAGCGACAAGGAUGGUGAUGAUGAUGUUGACGGGGUAAAUACUGAUGAUGAUGAUGAAAAGGAGGAGGAGGAGGAGGAUUUGAAUGAGAAGAAGAGGAAGGAGAUGAACAAAGGGAAGCCCAAAAAGUGGUUUUUCUUCUGAUUGGUUUGUUCUAGGUACUGAAGCUAUGAAAUUUGAGAUGGAAGUAGCCGAGGCUUAUUCUCUAUAUGCCUAACAAGUGUGCCCCUGUUAACCAAGAAGAUGGCAAGUUACAAUAAAAAAAUGCAACCCGUACAAUUUGAACUGAAAAAUGCUUAUGGCAAGGAAAGGUUGAUACCAAAAGAUCAGAUCAGUUGUUUACAAUUAUCACGCAUGUUUCAAGAAUUUUUGGGUGAACCAAUUGAUUGUAACUCAUUCGAGAUGAUAGACAUGUUAUAGAGAUCAUCGCUUUUCUAUUGCUAUGUACGUUCCUUUAAAAACUGAUGGAGAUGUGUUGAGAAUGUUUAGAGACUUAGGUGAUGGUCAUAAAAUUCAUAUAUACUCUCUGUCUAACAUAUUGGGUGGCACCCCUUGUGUCUCUGACGCUUGCUCUUCUACUUCUCCAAUACCUUGUGUCUCUGAUGCUUGUUCUUCUACUUCACCACCUCGGGUCUCUGAUGCCUGUACUUCAAUCCGUCGACCCAUGCCCAGGUGAUCCAAUCGAUUGGCUAAAUAUAAUGCUUCUACUUCUCGGAGGCAUUAGCUAAGCCUCAAAGUUUGGCCAUAUCAUGCCAGUUGCCAAGAUGCGUCAGUUUGGUUCUCACAAGAUGGACAGAUGAAUGUUUGUGGAUUAGGAAGAUAGCUUUUGUCUGAGUUACAUACUUGAAGUUGACUGGUUGGACUUUAUGUGAAGAGAAUGUAGCUGUUUAUUGCAACUUCUGUGUUUAAAGUAGUUUGCACAGUUUGGGAAGGAUCUUUUACUUUUUAGAUGCUAUUCAUAUCAAUUUGGUUAAUAAUCUAGUUAUCCGAGAGGGACAAUUAAAUUAAAGUGUUGUAUCUAAAAUAUCCUGUGUUUUCUCUCUCCAGGGUCAUGUAUCUAUAUAAUUGUGCGAGCAUAUAGUUUCUACUUAUGGUCCUAAUAAUAUGGUUGCUGCUUUAUUCCUAACUGCAGUGUUCUGAUUA